AUCACAGAAGCCCACUAUUGCACAUUCAAUACAUAAUGUGCUGCAUUUUGAGAGUUAUUUCACUGUGAUGAGAUGGGUUGAAUUCCUAAGAGCUCCCCUUCCCGCACGCAUGAAAAGUACUUGUUAGACCGGCACGGCAGUAUAGAGGGUGUGGACUGAAUCCGGCCCACAUAGAGCGGACGGGGCUCUUGGUAGCUGCACACUGCGCUUCAGAGAGUAGAGAGAGACAGAGAGGGGAGGGGGGCAAGUCAACACCCUACAGGACAACACAAACACGCGACUUUUCCGAUCAGGAUUCGGGAGGAGGUGGACGGAAUCGCGGAUUUUUGCCCCCCCGCCCCAGCGGACUCAGACCCAGGGCGGAAUGGAGGCCAACGGCACUGCCGGGAGACACUGUUUGGACGGAGACCCCGAUCUGGAGUUCCUGCUGGCCGGCGGCAGGCUGACAAAAGUUCGGUCCCGAUCCUGGCGGAAGAUCCGCUUCUACCGGCUGCAGGAGGACUGCAAGACCGUCUGGCACGAGUCCGAAAAGCUUUUCAAGCGCAAGCAGACGUUCUCCAUCGACGACAUCGACUCGGUGCGCAAUGGCCGCCAGUCCGAGGGCCUCAACAAACACACCGAGCCGGGCGACGAAGACCGCUGCUUCUCCAUCGUCUUCAAGGGCCGCAAGAAGGUUUUGGACCUGAUGGCUGGGGACCAGGAGGAGGCCAAUCAGUGGGUGAAAGGCUUUGAGAAAGUCAUGAGCAACAUGCGCAACCUCAGCCGGCAGCAGAAGAGCGAGCACUGGAUCAUCGACUGCAUGCGCAAAGCGGACAAGAACAAAGACAACAAAAUGAACCUGAAGGAGCUGAAGAGCUUCCUGCGUCACGUCAACAUCGAGGUGGACGACACGUACGCCGAAGAACUUUUUAAGAAAUGUGACCAGUCCAACUCUGGCUACCUGGAAGACUCUGAGAUCAAGACUUUUUACGAGCUGCUGACCCACCGAGAGGAGAUAGACGUGAUCUACGGGAACUACGCCGAAACGGAUGGUCAGCUGAGCGUUCGGGACCUGCUCAACUUCCUGCUGAAUGAGCAGAGGGAGGACGCGACCAUGUCGGACGCUCUCAGACUGAUCGAAAAAUACGAGAGGAACGAAACGGCCAAACAGAACAAGCACAUGACCAAAGACGGCUUCCAGAUGUACCUUCAGCACGAAGACUGCAACAUCUUCAACCCUGCCUAUAAGAACAUUUACCAAGACAUGACGCAGCCUCUCAACCAUUACUACAUUUCCUCCUCGCAUAACACGUAUCUGACCAAAGACCAGCUGAAAGGACCCAGCAGCACUGAGGCCUACAUCAGAGCUUUAAUGAAGAGUUGCCGCUGCGUGGAGCUGGACUGUUGGGACGGCGCCAACGGAGAGCCCGUCAUCUACCACGGCUACACGCUCACCUCCAAAAUCCUCUUCAAGGACGUCAUCAAGGCCAUUAAAGAUUACGCCUUCAGGACGUCGGACUACCCGGUCAUUCUGUCCUUGGAGAACCACUGCAGCGUGGGCCAGCAGAAGCUCAUGGCCCACUACAUAAUCUCCAUCCUGGGGGACGCUUUGGUCACGAAGCCUCUCGGGAACGUCGUGCCCACCACCUUUCCCUCGCCAGAGGAGCUGAAAGGGAAGUUCCUGGUCAAGGGGAAGCGGCUGAACAAACUGGACGCCUCAUUCAACAACAACAACAACGGGGUCUCGGAGGGCACCGUGUCCGAAGAGGACGAGGCGGCCGACCAAGAGAAUGGACAAAAACCUCCACAAAAGAAAUCAAAGAUCACGCUGGCCAGGGAGCUGUCGGACGUGGUCGUCUACUGCAAGAGCGUCCACUUCAACGGUUUCGAACACGCCAGGGACAAGCUGGACUUCUACGAGAUGUCCUCCUUCAAGGAGAGCAAAGCCUUCAACCUGGCCGAGAACUCAGCCACCGCCUUCAUCCACCACAACGUGGACAAGCUGAGCCGGAUCUACCCGGGCGGCUCCAGAACCGACUCCUCCAACUACAACCCGGUGCCGAUGUGGAACGCCGGUUGCCAAAUAGUGGCCCUCAACUUCCAGACCCCCACCAAAGAGAUGCACAUCAACCAGGGCCGCUUCCUACCCAACGCCAUGUGCGGCUACAUCCUCAAGCCGGAAUUCCAAAGAGACCCCAACUCUCAGUUCGACCCCAACGUCCUUUCUGAUGGACCCUGGCUCAAAAAGAAGACCCUCCAUGUCAUGGUGAUCUCGGCCCAGCAGUUGCCCAAACUCAACGUCGACAAGCAGAAAUCCAUCGUGGACCCCCUGGUGAGGGUGGAGGUGUACGGCGUGCGGGCAGACAACGCCAGCAAGGAGACGCACCACAUCGAAAACAACGGGUUCAACCCCAUGUGGAACGAGCGUUUCCAGUUCGACAUCUACGUGCCCGAGCUGGCCAUUUUGCGACUGGUGGUGGAGGACUACGACGCCACGUCGCCCAACGAUCACGUCGGCCAGUACUGCCUGCCGCUCGCCUGCGUGCAGAACGGUUAUCGCCACGUUCCCCUCCUGAACAAAAACGGCGACGUCAUCUCGGCGGCCGGCCUCUUCGUCCACGUCAUGCUCCUGGACGCCCACUAGAGUGAAGCAUUUAACGCUCGUACUUGUUAUUUUUCUCCAAUAUUCGCAUCGUAACACAGCCGAGAUGAACAAGGAAAGAAAGUAUUCAAAUCAUCCCACCGGGGGGGCAACAACUUCAGGUCGCAAAGGUGAAUAUUGAGGCAGAGCUUAUUUAAUUUAUAUGGAUGUACUUUUUUAACAUGCUACACUAAAGGCUUUUUUUCUUAUAUUUUUGCUGAAAUAUAUGAUCUGAUUGUCCAUGACUAGACUUAAAAUCACCAAACAUAACGUUGCCAUUAAUUUUUGGUCAUCCUAACACACACAGCCUCAUUUUUUUUUUUUUUGGGGGGGGGGGGGGCUGUUAUGUCAAA